UUGAGAGCAUAAAUUUACAGUUAGUCUAUUAUUAUAUUUAAUAUUCGCCCUAUUUUGGGACACAUUAAAACCGCCUUAUAAAUAUCCCAGAGUAAAUUAGAAAACAGAGACUAAAUUUGCGCGCACUUUAGAGUAUAUACUACGCGCGCACGGUGUACAGUGAACGCGCCCUUUGUCACUUCCCCUUCAAACUUGAAACAUCCUAUAGGUAUAAAUGUCAAAUUGAUAGUUUUUAGUACUUUAAAUGAAAACACUUUUUAUUUACAUUUACAUUUCUCCGCGAAUAAAAAUAGAUACUUUUGUUAAAAUUGUAUAAAAAUACAUUUAUCCAUUAUUUACUGCGCAUGCGUUGAUCUGAUCUCCAUCGACCAGCUGUUUUUACUAAAUUGUCUGAGAAAACAGAACUGAGAGGGCAGGCAACCAACAGACGGAUAAAUCGUAAGGGAGUGUAGCGAGUGGCAGUGCGAAGGUCUCUUUGUUUUUGUUCAAAUAAGUAAUCCCUUUAGUUUCUGCACGAUCAUUUGCAAAUGUUGAAACAAACCAGUGAUUAACUUCUGUAUAAAAUAAACGUCUAUCGGCAGUUUUCAGUGCAUCAUAUCAAGUUUAUUUUGGUUAUCCUGGAUGAAUGGCGUCUUGGCCAACUCGCCCAUAAAAUAAGCAGUUCUUUCUUUCCCUUAAAAUUCAGUGGACAAUCGUAGUGAUUGUGAGAAGUAAUGGCAAAUACCAAAUCGACGAGUAGUGCCCUAAGAGCAUUAGCUGUAGAGUAUAAGAGUUUACAAGAGGAACCCGUGGAGGGUUUUUGUGUGAAGCUCGUGAACGAGGACAAUCUUUUUGAAUGGGAAGUAGCUAUUUUUGGGCCUCCCGAUACAUUGUACAUGGGCGGUUGUUUUAAGGCGAGGAUGAAAUUUCCAACAGACUAUCCGUAUUCACCACCGUCAAUUAGGUUUUUAACAAAAGUUUGGCACCCAAACGUCUACGAGAAUGGAGACCUCUGCAUCAGCAUCCUGCAUCCUCCCGUGGACGACCCCCAGUCAGGAGAGCUGCCCUGCGAACGCUGGAACCCCACUCAGAACGUGCGCACCAUCCUGCUCUCCGUUAUUUCACUACUGAACGAGCCCAACACCUUCAGUCCGGCCAACGUGGACGCCUCCGUCAUGUACCGCCGCUGGAGGGAAUCCAAGGGCCGGGAUAAAGAAUAUGAGAACAUCAUCAGAAAGCAGGCGAUGGCAGCUAGAGCCGAGGCGGAAAGGGACGGAAUGAAAGUCCCCCUUACCCUAGAAGACUACUGCAUAAAAACGCAAGUGAAGCCGAAUACAUCAGAGUCCCAAGUGGAAAUGACAGAUUUCUACGAUGACGACUACGAUGAGGAUUACGACGAUCCCUCAGACGGUUCGGAGUAUGCCGAUGAAGACGACAACGAUAGCGGCAACGGGGAGUCGUGAUGUCAUUAAGUCACUCGUUGAGUCCGUUACUGUAUAUUAUUUAGAUUAAUUUUGCAUACUGGGUUAUAUUUUUCAUAAAAAAAAAGUUAAUCAGCAUAAACGUAUGGUUGCUUUUGUUAAGGAAUUAUUUUUUUUUACUCCUAUAACUUUUUUUUUGUAGUAGAUGUGGUUUGAGCUAGAUCGGAACUUGUCAGUUGUGAGAUGGACGGAUACAGUUUGUUUCGGGGUGAACAUUAGAGUGCGCAAAUGUCUAAUUUUAUUCCUACAACGUCAAAAAUAAUGAAAAACGGAAGCCAAAGCAAAUUAUAUUGCACGAUUUCUUUAAUCGUUGUUGCAUUUUUUGGAUGUUACUAAUUAACUGUGAAUUUGUCGUUUUACUAAAUACCUCGUUUUUUUUGCCAAAAUUUAGUUCGGUAAACAAAGACAUACAAAUUAGGAAAAAUUCCGUAGAAUUGAAUGAACUACUUUACUCCAGCUGAACGUUGGGGCUUAAUUUUCAAAAUGGAGUCCAAAGUUAGCAAAAAAAAAACUUCUUUUCAUUCAAAAAAAA